AAAUAAACCGCUGAUGUAAGUCGAGCGGGAGAAGCCCGUCCCAGCCCUGUUCCUCUCGCUCCCAGAGCGCGCGAGCGAGAGACGAGAGAGCAUCAGCGAUCGCCGCGGACAGGAGAAGUCGCACGACGUCGCGCCAGCUCCUCACCUGUCACCCAGUGGCCUUGGGUUUCUACAAAGGAAAGACAAAGAUGCAAUCGGCACACUGUGACCUGACCAGGCAAAGGAAGCAGCAGGCCAUGGCUUUGAGCACGGAAGCGAGAGGAGGCCGCCUAAACCUCGGGAAAAAGAUUUGCGUUCCCCAGGACAUAAUGACGGAGGAGCUUCAACUGCCAUCGAACAGAGGCUCGCGCAUGUUCCAGGAGCGAAUGAAGAGAGCGGAGAGGUUCACACUGGAGAACGCAGCGAACCCGCCCACCUGCUACCCGGUCCUAAACCCAGUGAGCCACAUUCAGAUGCCCCAAAACACACAGGGAGGAAAAGAGAAUGUUCGCACAGAGGUUAUAGUCCAGCCCCGGAAAAUGUUGGUGACCACUUUGGACAAGACGGUGGCAAAGAAAGGCACCCCAAAUGUCAUCGCCCCAGGUUACGCCGGACCGCUGAAGGAGAUGCCCAUGGAGAAGUUCAACCUGACAGUGACCCCGAAGGGCUACUGUUCCCCAUGGAGAGAGGCACUCGGUCCCAGUGUGAAUUCGCAGUUCACCUUCAACCUCCCAUCGCCUGAGCCCCCCCAGAAACAGUACCUUACCCACUACCGGUGCUUUAACAGAGCCCCGAUACCCUUCAACCGAGAGGCACAAGCCCCCAGGCUGGUCCCCAUACCCAGGGCCGAGGUCGUGGAGGCCCAGGGCUUGCCCAUCCAGAACUCGGACCGCGCCGGCAGGCAGCACAACUUCAACCGUGCGCCCCGUGGCUGGGGCAUCAACUACAACCCCGAGUCCAUCGAGCUGUGAGGAGAACCAGAGUCCAACCAGCUGUGAGGAGCUUGCACCCACGCCCCACGCUUGCCGAAAAGACUGAGUGGCUGGUCAUGUUCUACCCUUGGGGAAGAACCCAGUAUGACCCAGCAUCCCCCCUUACCAAAGCCUGGAUGACUGCCGCCCAGACGACUAUCACCUCCAAAGUUCAACCCAACCCCACCUCCUACUAAACCGGAAAGCACUAAGUUCAACCCAACCCCAACCAAACCGGAAAGCACUAAGUACAACCCAACAUCACCUCUUGCCAAACCGGAAAGCACUAAGUUCAACCCAACCCCAACCAAACCGGAAAGCACUAAGUACAACCCAACAUCACCUCUUGCCAAACCGGAAAGCACUAAGUUCAACCCAACCCCAACCAAACCGGAAAGCACUAAGUUCAACCCAACCCCAACCAAACCGGAAAGCACCAAGUACAACCCAACGUCACCUCUCGCCAAACCAAAAAGCACCAAGGACAACCCAACACCACCGCUUACCGAACCAGAAAGCACCAAGCACGACCCGACAUCACCUCUUACCAAACCGGAACGCACAAAGCAGAGUCAGGCCUACGACACACUCACCAAAGACCGACCUCGACCAAAACAGCCCUUCAACUGUUCCAGCGAUUUCGGGAAUGUGACACCGUGUCCUGAAAGUUUGUAAAUUAUCUUAGAAUGUCAACUGCAUGUCUUCCCAGGCACAAAUAAAUCCACGUUUAAGGUCUUGUCAGUAACACUCAUCAUAUCGAACACACUGCUCUAUUAAAGUUUUUAACAAAUAAAUGCCUUAUUUUAUUAAGCAGCGUUUUUCCCAUGAAUGCACACUGAACAGCAAAAGAUUUAAUUUCUAUAAAUAUAUGUAACAUAUAUUCUGCAUCCCAGCUCAGUAGGAAAAUCACAUGAAUAUGGUCCUUUCAUGAAUAUGGUCUGGUUGUUGUGUAAGUUCACCGCUUCAAUGUCAAGCAGUUGGAGAUCAUGAAAUUUAUUAUUAUUAUAAUGAUUAUUAUUAUCAUUAUAUUAUAUGACAUUAUUAAGUUAAAAUAAGAAUGGUUUAGGAAUUAAACUUCAGUUUAUUUUGGAGCAAAAAUAAAAUGAUAAAAGCCUC